GAUUGACUGCUUCGAAAAGUAACAGCUGUUGACCUUUUUUCAUUACCUUUUCACGUUUUCAAUCAUGCUGACAACUUGAUCCGCUAAACUAAUUUCCUUCUGUCUACAGUGUAAAAAGCUUUCAUUUCAAACAGGGUUCAGAUAUCCUAGCCUCGCUUGUAUGUAACCAAUAAACUUCGCAAAGAACAUGUGGAUUGAGUAAAUCAGAGCUUCUACGGUGACAGCUUCGAAAGGCUCUGAAAAUGCAUUUGCUGGCGUUUGCGGCUUUUACCGUUUUGUCAAGCCACGUGCUUGCUGAUUUCAACUUGACAAUCCUCCACACCAACGAUGUUCAUGCAAGAAUCGAGCAGACCAACAAGUACGGUGGAAAAUGCGCCGACCAAGAUACAGCUAAAAACAAAUGCUUUGGUGGCGUUGCAAGGCGGAAGACAGCGAUUGAUCAAAUCCGAAAAGCGGAUGAAAAUGUCUUGCUUUUAGAUGGUGGAGAUCAGUUCCAAGGAACACUCUGGUUCAAUGUAUACAAAGGCCUCGAGGCUAGCACUUUCAUGAAUGAACUUGGAUACGAUGCAAUGGCGUUUGGCAACCACGAGUUCGACAAUCGCAUUUCUGGCCUACUUCCAUUUGUCAAAGCUGCGAAUUUCUCGCUUGUUUGUGCCAAUAUGGAUGUAUCCCAAGAGCCUCUUUGGCCACAGAGAGACACAAUCUAUAAAAAGAGUAACGUUUUUACCCUGAGUGGCAUCAAGGUGGGUGUGAUUGGAUACAUAAUCAAGGAAACAACAUGGCUUUCGUCACCAGGAAAGAAGAUUAAAUUUCUUGAUGAAGUCGAGGCAGUGAAGACGGAAGCAGCGAGGCUGAAAAGUCAAGGCGUGAAAAUUAUCAUUGCAGUGGGGCAUGCUGGGAUAGAUGUUGAUAUAAACAUCGCAAAAAAUGUCGAGGACGUGGAUGUUGUGGUUGGCGGACACACGAACACAUUUAUGUACACUGGAACUCCUCCUUCGAACGAGAAACCUUACGGAAAGUACCCACAAAUUGUAAACCCAACUUCCAAACCAGCGAAGCAAAUCCCAGUCGUGCAGGAUUUCACAUUUGGAAAGUAUCUUGGGAACCUAAAGCUACGAUUUGAUGAUAACGGAGAGUUGAUCUCGUACAACGGUAACCCAAUCCUUCUAGAUGGGUCAUAUGCACAGAACCCAGCAUUGCUUAAGAAAGUUGAAGGCAUGUCAGGUGCUGUAAAGAAUUUUUCCGAGGUUUCCUUGGGAAAAACACACGUCUUUCUAGAUGGGGAAACAGCUUCCUGUCGUGUGAAAGAAUGCAAUCUUGCAAAUUUCGUAUUGGAUGCUCUUGUCCACACAAACGCGAAGCAACCAGAUGAAUCAAAAUGGGCAGAUGUAGGCAUUGCUCUGUGGAAUGGCGGCGGAAUACGAACCUCGAUCGAUAAGAAACCGAACGAAACUAUAACAUAUGGGGAUCUUCUGACCGUUUUGCCAUUUGGAAACACAGCUGAUAUUAUUGAAAUUAAAGGCGAGCACAUUCUACAAGCUCUUGAAUUUGGAGUGACCAAAUGGAAUCCUACUUCUCCCAGUGGCAAAUUUUUACAAGUUUCAGGUAUUCGUGUUACGUAUGACACGAGUAAGCCAGAGGGAAGCAGAGUUGCUGAAUGCCGUGUGAGAUGCGCCCAAUGCAGGGUGCCAAAAUAUGAGCCAAUCAAUAAGUCAACAGUUUACAAGGUAUUAAUAUCUUCAUUUAUUGCCGAUGGUGGAGACAACUUUCAGGUAUUCGUGAAUCAUACCAUAAAACGUCAUCCUGGAAACGUAGCAUCUACAAUGGUCGCCGAUUACAUCAGAACUGAGUCACCUGUAAUCAUUGGCGAAGAAGACCGCAUCAUGUUUACAAAAGCAAGUCCACAUCCGUCAUCAGCAUCUACCAAUACUGCAGCAACGAUGACAGCUUUUGCGGUUGUAGUUUUUUAUAUAUCUAUGUUACUAUGAAGUAACUUAGGCCUAGAUUUCUGCCAGAGCCACA